AUGCGCUUUCUCUGUCUGCAUGGCGCUGGGACAAGCGCAGAGAUCUUCGAGAUCCAAACCGGCGGAAUCACCUAUGAUCUCUCCAAGAAAGGCCACACUUUCAAAUACGUCAAUGGGUACAUGGAAGAUGCAGUCGAGCCCGAGCUGAAGGACAUCUUCGAAGGCCCCUUCUACAGCCACUAUCCCCGUGACCAGGCCCCGCGCGAGAAGCUCGCCCCCGCAAUUAAGCAUGUCCAGCAGAUCAUUGAGAAAGACGGCCCCUUUGACGCUGUCAUGGGAUUCUCCCAGGGCGCCGCGCUGGCAUGUGCGUUGAUAGUACAGCAUGCGCAGACGCACCAGGAGCCCCUGUUUAAGCUGGCGGUGUUUAUCUGUGGCGCGGCACCCUUUGACAGCACCGGGAGUGCGCACAUGUCUGCUCCGGCAGGCGAGUAUCCCGUCCAGAUCCCCACCACGCACAUCGUGGGCAAGCAGGAUCCGGUAUAUCCCCAAAGCAUGCGGCUGUUUCGCUUGUGUGAGCCUGGGAAGGUGCAAUUCUACGAUCAUGGGUCGAAGCAUAUGGUGCCGUUUGAUAUGAAGAACACGGAAGCGAUGGUGGCUGCGAUCGAGGCGUCUGUCCAGCGGGCUGGGGGUGGAGAGCAGUAAAUAUUUUAGCCCGUGUUGCUACUGUUGCUACGGAUGAUGAUCACAUGAUUUUAAUGGGUUCCGUCAAGCUUGUACUGUACAUCUUGAUCUAGACGUCUCGCAGAAACAGAAUAUUGUAUGUUCAAUCUUGUUUUCUCGGUGCAUCGCGUCUAUCCCUCGGGCUGAAUCUGGACAGCAGAACGGCAAUUACUAACACGACAAAACCUACGAGAAUGCUAUGUGUGAUGGGGCUCCCCGUGGGCCACCCCGUCUUCACAGUGUGGCCAUCAGCAAGUCAU